AGUAGUUUUCUCGCAGAUAUUAAAAAAGUCUCCAAACAAUGGGAUGGCUUGGUUCAAUUGCAAAGAAAACUUCUUUCAGAUAUUCAAAAGAGAGAAAUGAGAAAAAUAACUAGUGUGCAUGAAGGGAUCAUUGAGAUAAAAGAUGCUCUACAUUUUCGUAAAGUUCUUCUUGUUUUGGAUGAUGUGGACGAAAAAGAUCAAUUAGAUGCAAUUCUUAAUAUGCACAAGUUUUUUCACCCAGGAAGUAAAAUUCUCAUUACAACCACAAAUAUGCGAUUGUUGAGGUCUUAUAAAGUUGAGAUUAUGGAUGUUAAGAUACUGAAUUACAAUGAAUCACUUGAACUCUUUAGUUGGCACGCAUUUCAACAACACCGUCCCAUUGAAGGUUACAUGGAGUACUCUAAAAGGGUUGUGAAACAGUGUGGAGGGCUUCCUUUAGCCCUUGAAGUUUUAGGUGCUGCUCUACGAAACAUGGAGGAGGAUGUAUGGAAAAGUACAUUGGACAGAUUUGAAGUAAUUCACGAUAGCGAAAUCCAGCAGAAACUUCAAAUAAGCUACGAACAUUUACCCGAUGAUCAGUACAGAAAUUCAUUCCUUGAUAUUGCUUGCUUUUUUGUGGGAAUGGACAAGGCUUACGCAAUCACUAUAUUAGAUGGAUGUGGUUAUUUCGGUCCAGCUGAGCUUCAAACUCUUAUUGAUAGAUGUCUCAUAAAAAUAAGAGGUAACAAGUUGAUGAUGCAUACAUUGAUUCAGCGUAUGGGAAGAGAAAUUAUUCGUCAGUUGUCACCUGAGAAGCUUGGCAAGCGUAGUAGACUGUGGAAGCAUAGAGAUUCCUUCAAAGUAUUGAAAGAAAAAAUUGGCACUAAGACAAUCAGAGGACUUGCUCUCAAUAUGAAAAUGCUUGCGGAAGAUAUGCAUACCAUGGAAGUCUCUAAUUCCAACAAUCGGUACAAUGGGAGCUUGGAAACCAAUGCAUUCCAAUGUAUGCACGAAUUGAGACUACUAGAGAUCAACUAUGUACAACUUGUUGGAGGCUAUAAAGAAUUUCCAAACAACAUUAGAUGGCUGUGUUGGCACGGAUUUUGGUUGAAAUAUUUCCCAAAUGAUUUUCCUAUGGAUAAUCUGGUUGCCAUUGACAUGCGUAAUAGUAGCUUAGAACAGUUAUGGAAGGGAGCCAAGUGUAUUGAGUCAUUAAAAAUUCUUGACCUUCGACACUGUCAUGGCCUUAAAAAAACUCCAAUGUUUUCUGGGUUCCCAAGUCUUGAGAGAUUGAUCCUAAAAGGUUGUGUAAAUUUGGUUGAGGUUCAUGAAUCAAUUGGCAGUCUUGGGAAACUUGUUCUCUUGAAUAUGAAAGAUUGCAGAAGUCUUGAGAAACUUCCAACAAAUAUUGGCAUGCUUAGCUCUCUUGAAACAUUAAAUAUUUCUGGUUGCUCAAAUCUUGAAGAGGUGCCAUUGGAGCUAAAAGAGAUAAAAUCGCUUAAAACAUUUCAAGCUAAUGAAAUCGACCUCAGCCUCUUACCAUCUACUACUGAAGAGAAUAGGCAGUGGCAUCCAUUGAUGUGGUUUGGGAGAUCUAGAAAAAGAACUCGUCCACAACUCUCAAAAUUUUUUUCGACUGCUUUACCACAUUCAUUAGUAACACUAAGCCUUGCCGGAUGCAAUCUAUCUGAUGGUGAUUUUCCAAAAGAUUUCAGUAGCCUAACCUCGUUGGAGGUGAUAGAUCUAAGCAGAAAUCCGAUUUGUAACUUACCAGAUUGCAUCAAAGGUCUUGACAGUCUGAGUGAGUUCUAUGUAUUUUCCUGUACAAGUCUGCAGACCCUGGUGGGGCUACCCCAUAUAAAGCGGCUGUUAAGCGCUGACGGGUGUACGUCGUUGGAAAAAAUUACACAUGCAUCAUCAUCGGCCUCCAUGACACAUUUCGAAGUUGAGCACUGUGUGAAUCUAGUCGAAGUCCAAGGUCAUUUAUUGUUACAACCCAUUUUAAACACUGACACAGAAAUUAUUGACAACUUUGAGUUGUCCAAUAUAGAAUUCAUUGGAAACAUCGAGGCUUUCUUGUUCAGUAUGUCAGCGGUAAAGGGAAAGGCUCUCCCAACCCAGGUGCUCUCUCUCUCUACAACUUGGGUGCUAAUGCAAUAGUUCCUUCCAAUCAUGAUUCACGGUCUGAUAAAUAAAAAAGAAUCAUGAUUAACGGCAAAUUAUAUAUUACCUUUGUAUAGUUUGACCCAGUAAUCUAUUACUUUUAUAUCCUUUUAUGUAUGUUAUUUCUUCUUUAUUUUUUCUCCCUCUAAAAUAAACCAAAUCUUUUUCCAUCUUCAUUUCCAUGCAUGAAGUAGAUAUUUCAAUUUCUAUAAUUUUUUAGGAAUAAACCACACUAGGAAAAUUUAGCUGUUACAUUUUCAGAUUUUUAAAGUAUAGGGAAGCAAAGUGUUAUGGGUUAAACCACAUGAAGGUAAUGUAUAGUUUGAACAAGCAAAAAUUAUAAGUUUCAUGACACAGGUUUUGUCGCAGGAUGGCAUUAGCAGCGUAUUUGUUCCCGUGGGGAAUGCUUUGGGCUGCUCCAGCAAUUCGCGUGCAUGGUCCUCAGCAUUUGUUAGUGUCCCUUCAGUUCAAAAUCGGAGGAUUCAUGGGUUGAACAUGCGUUGUGUGUACGAGAUCUCCGAAGAAGGGGUAAUGUUUGAUGAGCUAUUAAUUAAAAUUGAAGUCGAUAAUGGGUUCAAGAAUAUGUUGACCUAUGAGCCAGCAUGGUUUGGACUUCCAGAAUCAGAUGAAUAUAUUAUGCGGUUAAGUCGUUGGAAGCUUAAUGGGUGUAAACCUGGCAAUAAAUUGAAUCUUCAGAUUUCAAUGAAGUGUUUGGUGAUAAAGGAGUUUGAAGUCAAUCUUAUAUAUGACGAGCAUGAAGAGAAGAAUUAUCAAUCAAACAGUGAAGAUAUGUUUGAAUCUACGUCAACAUUUAAGGACACAACAUUUGUCAAACUUGGCGAUGGCGAUGAUUGUUGGACUACAAACAACGGUUUGGUGAUACGUGUAAUCAAUUCGUCGAGCGAUGACCAAGCAGACACUGAAGAAGAUGACUAAUCAAACAAUGAAGAAGAUAUUCUGGGAUUUCUUGAAAAAAGAAGAUAUGCUUAGACUUCAUUGGAAUACUGGGGCACCACAUUUAUCACUUUUUUUCUGUACGAAAAAAAUUAUCAUAUUUGUGGGUGAUUUUAUUACAGUUGUGGGUGUUUUUAUCAUUUUUUUAGUUACCACAUCAAUAAUAAAAAUAUUAACAACAGUGGUAAAUGGAAGUAUGAUACC